CCACCACUACACUUUGUCUUGAAGCUGAGCGAGUAAAAGUAAUGAGAGUUUAGUGAAGUCAACUAUCAUUACAUCUAAAAAGAACCAAUCAAGUUUAUUGCAACCAAUUUCUUACCUUUCUCAUUUAACUCUUAAUAUCACUUGUUCUUGAGAUCAUGGCUGCAGCAGUCGUAGGUGGUGCGUUCCUCUCUGCCUUCCUUGAUGUUCUUUUUGAAAGGCUGGCUUCACCUGAGGUUGUCCACUUUAUCCGUGGAAACAAGCUUGACAACAAGUUGCUUCAACAGUUGGAGACCACUCUGAGAGUGGUUAGAGCUGUGCUUGAUGAUGCUGAGAAGAAACAAAUCACAGACUCCAAUGUCAACCACUGGCUCACUACUCUCAAAGAUCUUGUCUACCAGGCUGAUGACUUGCUCGAUCAUGUUUCUACCAAAGCUGCCACCCAAAAGAAGGUAAGAAACUUCUUUUCUCGUUUUUCCAACAGUAAGAUAAUUACUAAGUUGGAAGACAUAGUUGUCAGAUUAGAGAAUGUUUUAAGACUUAAGGAGAGUCUUGAUCUGAAAGAGAUUGUAGUGGAGAACAGUGUACCAUGGAAAGUUCCAUCAACAUCUCUUGAAGAUGGAUCUCACAUAUAUGGUAGGGAUGAUGACAAGGAGGCCAUAAUCAAGUUGUUGUUGGAGAAUAGUAGUGAUGGUGAAGAAGUGUCUGUCAUCCCUAUUGUGGGCAUGGGUGGAGUUGGAAAAACUACUUUGGCACAAUUGGUGUACAAUGACGACAGUUUGAAGGAGAUAUUUGAUUUUAAAGCAUGGGUUUGUGUUUCUGAAGAAUUUGAUAUUCUAAACGUCACAAAAAUUAUAUCAGAGGCAGUUAUUGCACAACCUUGUAAAAUUAAUGAUCUAAAUUUACUUCACCUUGAUUUGAUGGACAAACUGAAAGAUAAAAAGUUCUUGAUUGUUUUGGAUGAUGUUUGGAUUCAAGAUUAUGUUAAUUGGAGUCUUCUUAAGAAACCACUUCAACGUGGAAUUAAGGGAAGUAAAAUUCUUGUUACAACCCGCAAUGAAAGUGUAGCAACUGUAGUCCGUACUGUUCAACCUUAUCAUCUAAAUCGAUUGUCGAAUGAGGAUUGCUGGUUAGUGUUUGCAAACCAUGCAUGUUUUACUCCAGAGCCUACUGAGAAUUCAAUGACUCUAGAAAAAAUUGGAAGAGACAUUGUUAAAAAGUGUAAGGGAUUGCCUUUAGCAGUACAAUCACUUGGAGGUAUGUUGAGAAGAAAGCAUGGCGUUAGGGAUUGGAAUGAUGUACUGAACAGUGACAUUUGGGAACUUGAGUGUAACAUUAUUCCAGCACUGAGAAUUAGUUAUCAUUAUCUCCCUCCACAACUAAAACGAUGUUUAGUUUAUUGUUCAUUGUAUCCUAAAGAUUAUGAAUUUCAGAAAAAUGAAUUAAUCUUAUUGUGGAUGGCUGAAGAUCUUUUAAAGCCAGGAAAAACAGGAAAAUCAUUAGAAGAAGUUGGUUGCGAGUAUUUUGAUUAUCUAGUUUCAAGAUCAUUUUUUCAACAUGCAAGAAUUAAGACACCGGGAAAUGAUUUUGUGAUGCAUGACCUUAUGCAUGAUCUAGCAACAUCCCUUGGACGAGAAUUCUAUUUGAGAUCAGAAGAUAUCGGAAAAGAAACCAAGAUUGAUGUCCAGAUUCGUCAUUUGUCAUUUACCAAAUUCAGUCAUGCUGUCUUGGACAACUUUGAUGGAGUAAAAUUUUUGAGAACUUUCUUGUCUAUCAUCCAUUUUGAAGGUGGUCCAUUCCAUAUUGAGAAGGCACCAUGUAUUAUAAUGUCAAAACUUUUGUACUUGAGAGUUUUAUCAUUCCGUGACUUCCGAAGUUUGGAUGCUUUGCCUGAUUCAAUAGGUAAAUUGACCUAUUUGCGUUAUUUAAAUUUGUCUUUUACAAGUGUUUCUACAUUGCCAGAAUCGUUGUGUAAUUUGUACAAUCUAGAAACCUUGAAGUUGUAUAAUUGCUACAAGUUGACUAGCCUACCCACUGGCAUGCAGAAUCUUGUAAACUUGCGUCAUCUUGAUAUACAUCGUGUUCCUUUAAAAGAGAUGCCUAGAGGAAUGGGAAAAUUAAACCACUUACAAAAAUUAGAUUUUUUUAUUGUGGGCAAGAAUAUAGAGAAUGGGAUCAAAGAAUUGGGAGGACUUUCAAACCUUCACGGUUCGCUUAUGAUUAGAAAUUUGGAGAAUGUUACCUCAAGUGAUGAAGCAUCGGAGGCUAAGAUAAUGGAUAAGAAGUACAUUGACAGAUUAUUUUUGAAUUGGUCUGAAUGUAACGACAAUAGUAGCCAGUUCCAAAUUGAAACAGAUGUACUCUGUAAAUUACAACCUCACCAAGAGCUGAAAUAUCUAUCAAUAAGUGGUUAUCAAGGAACUAGAUUUCCGGAUUGGGUGGGAAAUUGUUUGUUCCACUGUAUAACAGAUCUACGGUUAUAUGAUUGUAAGAAUUGUUGUAUGCUUCCUUCGCUUGGGCAACUACCAUCUCUCAAGAGCCUCUGGAUUUCACGAUUGAAUUCGUUAAAGACUAUUGAUGCAGGUUUUUACAAGAAUGGAAAUUCUUGUUCUGUGAAAUCCUUUCCCUUCCUUGAAUUUCUAGAAAUUAAUGACAUGCCUUGUUGGGAAGUGUGGAGUUCCUUUGAGUCAGAUGCUUUUUCUUCACUCAGGAGGCUUUAUAUUCGUCAUUGUCCUAAAUUACGGGGAGAUUUGCCAAAUUACCUUCCUGCACUGGAAUCUCUUUGGAUUUCUAAUUGCGAGCAGCUUGUCUCUACUCUUCCAAUGGCUCCUAUCCUGCAAGAUUUAGAGAUUUGUGAAAGUAAUAAAGUAGCGCUGGAUGUGUUUCCUCCUUCGGUGGAAUCUAUAGAAGUAAAAGGAAGCCCAAUGGUGGAGUCCAUGAUCGAGGCCAUCACUAACGUCCAACCAACUUCUCUCCAUUCUUUAACAUUAAGUGAUAGUUUCUCAGCGAUAUCAUUUCCAGGUGGUCAUUUGCCUGCAUCGCUCAACACUCUUGAUAUCAAAGAUAUUAAGAAAUUAGAAUUCCCGUCCCUACAGAAACACGAGUUGCUAGAAUCACUAAAUGUAUACAACAGUUGUGACUCGCUCACAUCUCUUCCAUUGAUUACCUUUCCAAAUCUCAAAAGACUCACAAUCGAUAUGUGUGAAAAUAUGGAAAUCUCUCUUGGUUUCAGUGUCAGAAAUCCACUAAAGUCAGCACCUCAACCACAACAGGAUGCUAAUCCUCUAACACAAGCUCACGCACAUUCCUCACCAGCAAUGAAUCUUAGAGAACUUUCACCAUCUAUUGAAGUCCCAUCAAAUGUUUCACCACCAAUAGAUUCCUCACCAACAAACGAUGUUUCGCAUGAAGAAACCCCACAAGAAGAGUUCCCACAAGAAGCUCCAACAUCUAGACGUACUGAUCGCGAGUCUUUACAACAUUGGAAUGUUGAUGCCAUAGUUUUCAGAGUUGAGCAUUGCAACAAGUUGAAGUCGUUGCCUACUCAGAUGAGUGCUCUUCUUCCAAAGUUAGGUUAUAUUGAAAUAAGCAACUGCCCGGAAAUUGAGUCAUUUCCUGAAGGGGGUAUGCCACCUAACUUGAGUACGAUUUGGAUUUCCAAUUGUGAGAAACUAGUGAGCGGCCUAGCAUGGCCAUCGAUGGACAUGCUUACCGAUCUCAUCAUCCAUGGUCCGUGUGAUGGCAUGAAGUCCUUCCCAAAGGAGGGUUUGUUGCCUCUCUCCCUUACGUCUCUCUCUCUAUAUCGCUUCUCAAGUCUAGAGAUGUUGGACUGCAAGGGGCUUCUCCAUCUCACAUCCCUCCAAAUCUUACAAAUUGGUCUUUGUCAUAAGUUGGAGAAUAUGGCAGGUGAAAGGUUGCCUCUCUCUCUAAUAAAAUUACAAAUUAUUGAUUGUCCUUUGCUGCAAAAACUAUGCCUCAUGAAGCACCGUCAAAUUUGGCCUAAAAUUUCUCAUAUCCCUGGCAUUAAAGUUGACGAUAGAUGGAUUUAGUGACGAAGGAUGAUCAUCAGUUUGUUUGCAACUCCGCAUAGUAAGAGCCGAGAUUUUGCUUAGCAAUGAAUACCAGAGAAUCAACACACUAUCAAAGGCAACUUGUGGGAUUGUCUAAAUCAAAUUCAGAUAUGGUAGAUUGACUUCGAGAAUCUAGACCUACCCAUGGAUCAGAAUUCAACUUUCAACAAGUGCUAAAUGGAACUUUUAAUUGACAUAACACUGACACUUCCUCAAUAAGUGAAUUUUUAAUCGGAAGAUAUUUCACUGGAUACAAUAAGAGGGAUACAUAUACAAGGCCAACUAUAUAGUAUGAUGAUCUCAGACUGCCUCUUAAUACUGAUCUUUCAGAUGCAUUUACGAGCUGAUAUUUCUGGACAAAAGGAGGAGGGAACGAGAGCAAGGUCUGAAGAUGGCAAAAUGUUCUGAAUAAGAAGAGAGGGGAACAAUGCAAAGAUUGAUCCAUGUCUGCCUGGAGCAAGCACCGACAACUCCCUGAGCAUAUAGGCCUUAUGGCCAGCUAGAAUUGGUAAUAACUAUCUAGUCAGCUACUUAUUCUAUGAAUAAGUUUCAUAUAAAAUUGACCUAGAUUCUCCUAUUAACACCACAGAUUCUUGAACCCAUUUAACAAUUAUAACCUAGUAUCUCAAGCAAUGGAGUGUAAGCUUCAAUUCUUCAUGCUUUUAAUGAACUUAAUUGUGUGUUCUAUUUCUUUGACUUUAGGAAAAUAUUGAGCAUGUCACUUUCUAUACUCUUGGCGUGGGAAUACAACCAGUUGACUAUCAUUAAUUCAAAAGAAAAUAUGUGAAUUAUUGAAUUUGCUUUUGUUGUUAUAAUAUUUGCUUUGACCCUGGGCCUUGUUCAAAUUGACAGGAUGAUCCCAUCCUACUUCUGUUUACAGCUCCUAUUGGGCAUGUCACCUAGGAAACAGAAAAGUUAAUGGUCUCUGGCUUGGGAGACUGUAGUGUGUAUACUGUAUAGGCAGUGAAUUCAAUUACAGUACACUGUUUUCUCUCAUCUUGAUAUCAAUGCUCAAAACAAAAAUGAAUUGGAAGAAAGGGAAUCAUCAAUUCACAAAUCUUUUUAUUCUUUAAGAUCAAAGUGAAGGGAAUGAUUUCAUCUGUAGAAACAAAAGUCAAUCUUUCACAAGAGGAACUUGAUUACCUUCAUUUUGGCAAGUCAGUUUGGAUCUAGACAAGAGACAAGGAGGUUUGAAGUAUUCAUCGGGAAUGUCAAAAUUAUUGAUAGUUGAGAUUUUUCCACUAUCAUAAUUAAAUACUUUAGAGUUUUUUUUUACUUUUUAAGUUUGAUUAAAGAUUGUUUAUGUAAAAAAAGCAAAAUGUAGCUGUAGGAAAAAAAUCUUAACUUAUUAGCUUAGUCAUAAUUUGUUAUUUGUUUUGCUCAAUUAGGUCAUAAUUUGUUAUUUGUUUUACUCAAUUAGGAGUUAAUUAGUUUUAGUAUGUAAACACUUACUCUAACAUUUUUAAUGUGUACAAAAUUAAGUUCAUAAAUCAAAUAUAUCAUAUCAGUUUUUGCUCUC